CAAACCGCAGACCGCAGUGAGAGCUUCCAGUCACGACAAAAUUUUCUGAAACAUUAUCACUGCGGUUACCAAACAAUUAAGUGAUAUGAAGUAAAGCUACUCAGCAAGACGAAACUGAGGCAGUCUGGAUUCUAAUCCCAAUCCGAUCGAGUGAACGCAGCGGUACAAGAAAUCUUUGUGACUAUUUGAUAGUGUUCAAAUGAAUUACUCAAGCGCUGAUAAGCAUGAUUCAUUCCGGUUGAGAGAUAUUGUCCAAAGCCCAGAAUUUAAACAAUAACGAUGAGGCAGGAAGCAGUUGUGGCGCAGUAGAAACCGCAGAGUCCAUAAAGAGAUUGCAGUCAUGAUACAAAUCCUGCUAUAAAAGAAAAUGGCUCACAACCAGUUGUAGUUGUUUAGUCCUCUAGCUCGUCGUAGGUGAUUCUUCAUUGCUCCAGAAUAAUAAUGAAAUUUAUUACUAUUUUCUGUGUGUUUUGUGUGAUUCGCUACCACGAGGCAACAAAGGUGCCCAGUGAUUGCUUCAACUGUCUCGUCAAUACAAGUGGAAGCUUUGGUUAUGAAAUCCUGCUUGGAAAAUUGCAAUAUCUCGAGGACAAAUUCUGGAAUAUGUGGCUUGAGAUGAAAGAACAGACCGAAAAGGUUAACAACAACCACAUACGUUCCAAGGAAACCUACAAGGAGAUGAUGCUAAUGUUGACCAGGCUAGAGCAAGUAGUUGGUUUCAAUAUGACCACCGUGAUGGAGCGUUCGUCGGAUAUUUUUGAACAGCACUUAAGUUGUGCAAAUCAUGAAACUUGGAAGCAGUCUAUACUUGCAAUGCCACCAAGAAAAAAAUCAAAUAGCAGGCUAGAGGAUCUAGAACGAUUCAAGUCUUGCGCCGAAGUACCUUCAUAUGUACCGGGAAAGUACAAAAUACAUCCAAUGGGUUUCGAGGAAUCAUUUGAAGUGUAUUGCGAGCAAAAUGUAUUUGGCGGAGGAUGGAUUGUUGUGCAGCAUCGCUUUGAUGGAUCAGUUGACUUUGACUGGAACUGGAGACAAUACAAGAAUGGAUUCGGAAGUCUUGACGGAGAGUUUUGGAUUGGAUUGGAGAAACUCCAUCGUCUCACUAAAGAUGGCGAUCACCAGCUACUUGUAGAAUUGAAAGAUUUCGACGGGAAUUACAAGUUUGCACGAUACGACGUAUUUGAGAUUGCGACUGAAAGUGAGAAAUAUGCAUUGAAGAAGCUGGGAAGUUACAGUGGAACCGCCGGGGAUUCAUUAAAAUAUCAUAAAGGCAGACAAUUUUCAACAGAAGACAAUUAUAGCGAUGAAAAAUCCAGUAGUUGCGCCAAAUUCUAUAAAAGUGGAUGGUGGUAUUGGAAUUGUUAUCUAAGUAACCUCAAUGGAGUAUACAAGAACAAAACAGAAACAGAUGGUCUCAAAUGGAAUGCAUUCAGUGAUAAAGUACUAGCAUAUUCUCGAAUGAUGAUUCGUAAAACUUCAAAUGAUGCAGAAACCUGUCCAUUGCUGUUUCCAUAAAUGGAACUGUACAAAACCGUUCUAAGCAUGGCCUGCGACUCCCUCCUUUGACAAGGGGGGCUUCCACACAGAUUACUUUGCAGAAGACGUCCCUAUGGAGCUGUACGUACGGAAACUUGUUGAUGGCACAUAUUCUGACGUUAUGUUCAACGACAAUAGAGAGCAGGAAAACAUCAGAUUUCACAUUUGACUGCUUGACCACCUUCAUUAUCACUGGACGUCGAUCAAUAUCAAGACCAUAAUUACAUGCUAGGAUAUAGCUUUAUCCAAACCACGGAUAACCUUGAGAUCUUCGACAAAGUUUUUUUAAGUGCGCUUUAGUUUAUAUUUUAUUAUUCUUGGUUACACAGAGAUGAACCAGCCGCCGGCUGAAAAUCUCUUUAAUAAAGAUAAAUAAAUAAUAAUAAUUCUUGGUUACACGAUUCAUGCAAAUUUGUAUCUUCUUAUGAGAAAAAUGCAAAAGAGGUAAAUUAUUCAUGCCAACCUGAGCAAGUCCCAUUUAUAUUUCGAUCGUAAUGUAAAGCACUAGGGCGCACCCAGCCUCACCCAAAUUUUGCGCUGUAACUUUAGACGCAAAAGAGGAAUGAACACUUUUUUCGGUGGUGAUGCGAUCAACCUAUAUUUUUUCAAUACUACAUUGAUCCAUCUAUCCUGUAUAUUUACACCUCUGAAAUGGUGUGAGUUGAUAAGAUCGCUUGGUUAUUGUCAAGUUUUUAUUCUCUUUCAUAUAUGUAUGAGGAUUUCGACCAUUUCUUAAUUAUUACCGUAAACCGGGGUCAAAUUGAUCGUCGGGUCGAAAUUAAUCAGACGUUUUUCCGAUAGAUUAAGCAAACUCUAAAUUGUUUCUUUGCAUUUAUCGUGCUGUUGGAAUCUGAUACCACAGACAAACAGACGUAACACUCUUCAAAACGGCUUGGUACAUGCAUUUAACGAUCAAUUCAAAUUUCAUUUGAUUUGCGCGAUCGUUCCACCAGAUGCGCUAGUGUUCGGUCGCCUUUGACGUUUGCCAGUGUACACAUUGCUGAAUGAUGCAAACGAAAUUUACAGGCAAUUUGUGUAGUAGUGUGCGUGUCAGUAAGACGUCAAAUCGAAAUUCAUCAUGGCCGACAGAGUUGCGCGCGGUUCUACCAACAGGUGGCAGUGUGCUCAUAAAAAUGACACCGGGCAAAAGUUUUUGAUGAAUUUCCUCUAAGAGUUACGUCUGUUUGUCUGUGCUGAUACUAUAUGAUAAUGACAAGAGAAUUAUUUAAAGUAUGCUUUAUCUAGCGAAAAAACGUCU